CCAGCUGGAUUGCUUUGACUCUGGUAUUGCUAUACGGUAUUAUCAUUAAUGUAUAACACACUAGAGUCAAUUCACUAUCGGGUUUUCACGAAUUUCUCGCUCGGCCUUCACCCGGGAAGGGGAAGUGACGCUCUUCCGGUGUGAUGGCGGCACGGUGGAGCUUUAGGUGACGUGUGGAGACAGAAGAAGAAAACUGUCAAGGAACUCAGACCAUUGAGUACUUGUUUUUUGAACCAACUUGAGGAUUUAUCUGGUCAACAUGAAACGCUCCUCUGGUCACGACAGAAGGGAGAGCCACAGUGCACACCACCGGAACUCCUCCCCAGAAGACAGAGGUAGGGACCAAGAAAAACACAGAGAAAGGAAAAGGUCCCGGAAAUCCCCAUCUCCUGGAAGAAGAAGCCCAGAACAAGCAGUCACCCAGAGUUCUACUCAGGAAGAACCUACCAUGAAGAAGAGGAAGGAUGAGCAGGAUCCACUGCUUACCCGAACUGGGGGAGCGUAUAUUCCUCCUGCAAAGCUCAGAAUGAUGCAGGAACAAAUUACAGAUAAGAACAGCUUAGCGUACCAGAGGAUGAGCUGGGAGGCCCUGAAGAAGUCAAUUAAUGGUCUUAUCAACAAAGUCAACAUUUCCAAUAUUAGUAUUAUUAUCCAGGAGCUACUCCAGGAAAAUAUAGUCAGAGGGAGAGGACUGCUGGCCAGGUCCGUGUUGCAGGCACAGAGUGCUUCUCCAAUCUUUACCCAUGUAUAUGCAGCCUUGGUUGCCAUCAUCAAUUCAAAAUUCCCGCAAAUUGGAGAAUUAAUUCUAAAGAGACUAAUUCUCAAUUUCCGAAAAGGAUAUCGAAGAAAUGACAAGCCACUUUGCCUGACAGCUUCAAAAUUUGUGGCACAUCUUAUAAAUCAAAAUGUGGCACAUGAGGUUCUGUGCCUGGAGAUGCUCACUUUGCUGCUGGAGAGACCAACAGAUGACAGCGUUGAGGUAGCCAUCGGCUUCCUCAAGGAGUGUGGACUCAAAUUAACCCAGGUGUCACCAAGGGGAAUCAAUGCUAUCUUUGAACGCCUGAGAAACAUUCUGCACGAGUCUGAGAUCGACAAAAGAGUGCAGUACAUGAUCGAAGUGAUGUUCGCUGUACGGAAGGAUGGAUUCAAGGACCACCCUGUUAUUCUAGACGGACUUGAUUUAGUAGAAGAGGAUGAUCAAUUUACCCAUAUGCUCCCCUUGGAGGAUGACUACAAUCCAGAAGAUGUUCUCAAUGUUUUCAAGAUGGAUCCUAGUUUCAUGGAGAACGAAGAAAAAUAUAAAGCUAUUAAAAAAGAAAUUCUUGAUGAAGGAGACAGUGAUUCCAACACAGACCAAGAAGCCGGAAGUAGUGAAGAUGAGGAGGAGGAAGAGGAGGAAGAAGGAGAAGAGGAGGAAGGAGGACAAAAAGUAACUAUUCAUGACAAAACAGAAAUCAAUCUAGUCUCAUUUCGGCGUACAAUAUAUCUAGCAAUUCAGUCAAGUUUAGAUUUUGAAGAAUGUGCGCACAAAUUACUGAAGAUGGAGUUUGCUGAGAGCCAAACAAAAGAACUCUGCAACAUGAUUCUUGAUUGCUGUGCUCAGCAAAGGACAUAUGAAAAAUUUUUUGGAUUGCUAGCUGGGCGGUUUUGUAUCCUGAGAAAAGAAUAUAUGGAGUCAUUUGAAAGUAUAUUUAAAGAACAGUAUGAUACAAUCCAUCGCCUGGAGACAAAUAAGUUGAGAAAUGUAGCGAAGAUGUUUGCCCAUCUUUUAUAUACUGAUUCACUUCCGUGGAGUGUUCUUGAAUGUAUAAAGCUUAGUGAAGAGACCACUACAUCAUCUAGUAGAAUUUUUGUUAAAAUAUUUUUCCAGGAACUAUGUGAAUACUCAGACUCUGAGGGCAGUGAGAGCAGCUCAGAGUCUUCCAGUGAAGGAAGCGACUCGUCCUCCUCAUCCAGCAGUCAGAGCUCCGCCUCAGCUAAAGAUGCAAGAAAGAAGAGACGAGGGAAGACAAGAAGUGAAGAAGCAGAGAAAGCCGCCAGGGGCCGGCAGACACGUGACAGGAGGCGCGAAGGAGGAAGGGAGGAACAAAGGCACCAGGAAGGGAGGACUGAGAGAGCAAGGUCUGAGAGAGACAGAACUCAAAACUCACGAAAUGCUGACUGGAGAGAUCCCCUAGCAAAGUCCAUGGCUGACAGAAGCCUUCCUUCCCAAGAAAAUAGUUACAGUAGAGUUGGGAAUGGCCGAGACCAAGACCUGCACAGAGAGCUGGAAGACAAGCAUGGUGAGCCAAGGAAGAAGCGACGGGAGAGAAGAGAGUCUUUCUCUGAAACUGAGAAGCCAAGAGCCCGAAAUCAGGACAGUGAAAGAGUCAGAAGGAAAGAUCGCUCUAAGUCCAGGGAAAGGAGUAGAAGACAUUCAGGCCAUAAAAGUGAUGACGACAGGUAUCAGAAUGGUACUGAGAGACGAUGGGAAAAAUCUACCAGAUACUCUGACCAUUCAAGAGAAUCAAGAAAUCACGACCGGAGGAAAGAAAAGUCCCCAACAAGACAAAAAUAAUCCUAAUGACAUAAGAACAGGCCUUACACUCACUUCUGAUGUCUUUUCUACAUUGAUGGUUUUAUAGAGAACUCUUGUAUAAAGUACCUGUUUGUAUCUGUAAAUUUUAAAGAUGUUUUCUUUUUGACAUGUUUUAUAAUUGAUAACAUCUCAAGGUCCUCUGUAAAUCUUAAAGAAAAGGGUCUCAACAGAGGGGUAAGUCUUACCUUUUGUGAAUAAAAGGAACAAAAAUG